AUGUACCCGGGGCUCGGGCCGGAGCAGGAGCUGGAGCCUCACAACAGCGCGGGUCCCGUGCAGUGCCACUUCUUGCCCUACAUCUUCAAUGGAGGAACUGUUCUGGCAAUUGCUGGAGAAGAUUUUUCCACUGUUGCCUCUGAUACCCAACUGAGUGAAGGUUUUUCAAUUCACACUUGGGAUCGUCCCAAAUGUUACAAACUAACAGACAAAACGGUCAUUGGAUGCAGUGGUUUUCAUGGAGACUGCCUUACACUUAUUAAAAUUACUGAAGCAAGAUUAAAGAUGUACAAGCAUUCCAACAAUAAGGCCAUGACCACAGGAGCAACUGCAGUAAUGUUGCCUACAAUCCUCUCUUCAAGACGUUUCUUUCCUUACUAUGUUUAUAACAUCAUUGGUAGACUUGAUGAAGAAGGGAAAGGAGCUGUGUACAGUUCUGAUCCUGUGGGAUCUUACCAGGCUGGAGGAUCAGCAAGUGCUAUGCUUCAGCCUCUGCUUGACCAUCAGGUUGGUUUUAAGAAUAUGCAAGAUGUGGAGCACGUUCCUCUGUCCUUGGAAAGGGCCAUGCGGCUAGUGAAGGAUGUCUUUAUUUCUGCAGCUGAGAGAGAUGUACACGCCGGAGAUGCGCUAAGAUCUGCACUGCUGCUAAAAAUGGCAUUCAAGAGGAGACCGCUCCAUUAA